AUGGAGGUACUGGGCACGCAGAAGCGGGAGGCUGCUGGAGGUGGCUGGCUGGUGGAAUGGCAGGUGAAGAAGAAGACCUCACUUAGCGGAGGCCAAGUUCAGAAUCGGUUUGAAGAAGAAAAUGAAGAAAUUGGAAGAGGUACAGAAGGUAGACAGGGUAAAAGAAAGAGACUUUUUUCUAAAGAAUUAAGAUAUAUGAUGUAUGGGUUUGGGGAUGACCAGAAUCCUUAUACUGAGUCAGUGGAUAUUCUUGAAGACCUUGUCAUAGAGUUCACUACUGCAACGACUCACAAGGCAAUGUCAAUUGGAAGACAAGGUCUUGUACAAAUUGAAGAACUGUUUUUGAUUUGAAAGGACCCAAGAAAGUUUGCUAGGUUUAAAGACUUGCUUACUAUGAAUGAAGAAUUGAAACAAGCUAGAAAAGCAUUUGAUGAAGCAAACUAUGGAUCUUGACACCUUUUGUACUUUCUGAAGCUUCAUUGUCUU